AAUGUGAUUUACUUGCUAGAUAACAUUUAGCUCAACCUCUAACAUACCUUCUGUGCUAUAGAUGGCCUAAUAUGCAUCGUGUUAUAACAGCAACCAUGACAGGAAAUAUGUAUAGAACCAAUGCUAUGCUACAGGGUAGAUUUGAACAAGGAAAAUUAAGUUUAGGCGAUUGCGAACUAACUCUCUUGCCUCUGGUAUGUACAUGGGGGAAUAAGUACAUGCCAACGAAGACCGUAUAUUUAUAAAAGUGUGACGUCACACGAGCAGCAUGGCGAUGAGCCAGAAUGGCACAGUGCCCGCAACAGAGCAGACUGUGCAAAUCGUGCCACAGCAAUUAUCAAGCGGUGGCUUUUCGGAUAGGAUGGUAAAACUGGUGUCACUAAUGCUGUCGACUAUUUUGGGUAUUAUUGUCAUAUUAGCCGCCUCACCAUUGGAUGUUCUGGAACACAACGGUCUGGGUCUGAUUAUAAUUCUAGCUGUAAUUAUCAUCAUUGCCUUCGCCAGUUACAGAAUAUGCAAAUAUUCAGGGGGGAGUCCGGGCCGCGCCAGUGAAACCGGCCCAUCGCCCACAGGCCCUCAGCCGACCCCCGGCGAAGCACCAGCCGAGUGCCCUUCGCCUCCGCCCCAGGCCCCGAACAGGGCUCCGGAGUCCCGUCCAGCCACUCACACCUACACCCUUUUAAAUUCCUCGACAACUGGAGGCAACAACUCGUACCCUGGCAGGAAAGACUUCUAUCCCUCAGGCUCUCCGAGGCAGACGCCACCUACAGGAGCCUCCUCGUCGGCCUCCUACAACCCUUAUCACCCUUACCCAAGUGAUUCCUUCCCUAGCGCCCCUGAAUACCAGCCACCGCCUUUGUAUGCGCCUGGAUUCAGCCCCCCCAGCCAUUACGAUCAGCCGCCGCCCUACGAACAGAUUUCUGCCGCAGGUCCUACAGCAGGGACGCUCUUUGCUAGCGCCCCGGAUUUCGAUCCUCCACCUCCCUACCCUCCUCCUCCAUAUGAAAAAUGAAGCCAUUAUUUUUUAUACAUAUAUAUAUGUAUAUAUAAGUAAAGCAAAGUAAACCCUCCUCCUCCAUAUGAGAAAUG